AUGGCCACGAAGCGCGUCGUCGUUGUCUGCGGCUGGAUGGGCGCCAAGGCCCGCCCGGUGGCCAAGUACGCCGAGCUCUACAAGCAGCUCGGCUACGACGCUGUCGUGCUCCUUAGCAGCCAAGGCGACUUUCUCACAGACGGCGCCAACGUGCACCCGACAGCGCCAACCGACCUGCUGCCGCCAACCGAGUCGCUCGAGCUCAUUCCGCACAUGCUUUCGAACGGCGGGUGCCGGUCGUGGUACUGCUUUGAAGACCAUUUGCGCGGAUCCCAGCGCCCAUUUCAUGUGCCGGCGAUGGUGUUCGACUCGGCGCCGAGCCGGGCGACGACCAAGUCGCUCCUCGAGACGUGGAAGGGCGCGGGCAACUUGCCGUCGCUCGGCCUCUCGCUGGGCAUGCGCGCUUUCUUGGUGCAACUGACCUUGUACCCGCGCACAUUCCCAAGCUCUUUUUGUACUCGAACGCCGACGAGAUCGUGA